AAGGUGCGCCCGACCCGAACCCCUCGAGCUCGACUGCCCCGCGAUGGUACCUAUGACAACACAGAACAUGCCGCUGACGCUAGGUCUCGAUGGGGUGCAAAUAGUGCAAACCGAAGAAAUGCCGUCAAGAGUGCAAGAAGUCGUGCCCUGUGGUGCGGUCUGGAAAACUUUGUAUUGAGGUAAGCCCGGAAUCUCUCUCUGUUUCGAGACCAGACGACCUAACGAUUCCUCUCAAAGGUGACGCCCGAAUCCCGCAUCGCCUUUAUCUCGGAGCAGCUCUGUAUUGGCUGUGGUAUCUGCCCCAAGCGCUGCCCCUUCGGCGCCAUCACCAUCAUCAACCUGCCCACGAACCUUGAGAGCCAGAUUACCCACCGCUAUGCCGCCAACAGUUUCAAGCUCCACCGUCUCCCGAUGCCGAGACCCGGAAACGUUCUGGGUCUGGUUGGAACCAACGGUAUCGGCAAGAGUACAGCCCUCAAGAUUCUCAGCGGCAAGCUCAAGCCCAACCUGGGCAGGUACGAAAACCCGCCGGAUUGGGAGGACGUGAUCAAGUACUUCCGUGGCUCCGAGUUGCAAAAUUACUUUACCAAGCUGCUCGAGGACGACCUCAAGUCUGUCGUCAAGCCGCAGUAUGUCGACCAGAUUCCCAAGGCUAUCCGCACCCCCGACAAGAGCGUCAAGGCCUUGAUUGAGAGCCGCGUCUCGCUGGACAACCUGGACGAGGUCCUCGAUACUCUGGAGCUGCGCCAUAUCUAUGACCGCGAUGUCACUCUCCUCUCCGGUGGUGAGCUUCAGCGCUUCGCUAUCGGCACCGUCUGUGUACAGAAGGCCGACGUGUACAUGUUUGACGAGCCGUCGUCGUAUCUUGAUGUCAAGCAGAGGCUGAGCGCUGCCCGCAUCAUCCGGUCGCUGCUGCGCCCCGACGACUACGUCAUCGUCGUCGAGCACGAUCUGUCCGUCCUCGACUAUCUCUCGGAUUACAUCUGCGUUCUCUACGGGCAGCCGGCAGUAUACGGCGUGGUGACACUUCCUCACUCUGUCCGUGAAGGCAUCAACAUCUUCCUCGAUGGCCACAUCCCGACCGAAAACCUGCGCUUCCGAGAGGAGAGCUUGACGUUCCGUAUUGCCGAAGGCACUGAGGACUUCGUUGCCGAGAAGUCGCGGGCGUUUCGCUACCCUGCUAUGGAGAAGACCCUAGGUAACUUCAAGCUGAGCAUCGAAGCCGGAAGCUUCUCCGACUCCGAGAUCAUUGUGAUGAUGGGUGAGAACGGGACUGGCAAGACCACUUUCUGCCGUCUCUUGGCCGGUUCUCUCAAGCCUGAUGGGACCAAGAAGGUUCCUGAGAUGAAGAUUAGCAUGAAGCCUCAGACAAUUACACCCAAGUUUGAGGGCACCGUUCGGCAGCUGUUCUUCAAGAAGAUUAAGGCAGCAUUCCUGUCUCCUCAAUUCCAGACAGAUGUCGUGAAGCCUCUCAAGCUUGACGAUUUCAUCGACCAGGAAGUGAAGAACUUGUCCGGUGGUGAACUUCAGAGAGUGGCCAUCGUUCUGGCCCUCGGUAUGCCGGCCGAUAUCUAUCUCAUCGACGAACCCUCUGCCUACCUUGAUUCCGAACAGCGUAUCGUGGCUAGCCGUGUCAUCAAGCGGUUCAUCAUGCACGCCAAGAAGACGGCCUUCAUUGUCGAGCACGAUUUUAUCAUGGCCACCUAUCUCGCUGACCGCGUCAUCGUCUUUGACGGCCAGCCGGGUAUCAAUGCACACGCCAACAAGCCGGAAUCGCUGCUCACCGGGUGCAACACCUUCCUGAAGAACUUGGAUGUCACCUUCCGCCGCGACCCCACCAACUUCCGCCCUCGUAUCAACAAGCUGAACUCGCAACUUGACCAGGAACAGAAGUUGAGCGGCAACUACUUCUUCUUGGAAGACAUCGACAAGAGCUCGUGAAGAGGGCAUCCCUAAGGACACCUACAACCAGCACGACCACCGGCCCCCUCGUGACGACGCAUCUGAUUCCGGCGUUCUAGGCGUUCAAAAAGGUGACGGCUGCAAAAACCGGCCCGGCGGCGCUCGGGGCAGUCUGGGCGGUGCAUCGGACGAGGGCGGCGUGUCCGAGGACGACGACCCGGACAUCUAACACCGGCGGCGGCCGUCUAUCCCCUGUUGCCUGGUCCUAUCGAGAGAGGUCGGUCCUUGGAAGAAUGAGGCUGUUCGAGCCCGGUCCGCUGUAGUUUGGAGAGGGCCGGUUGUCUCGGUAGAUUGAGGGGCAAUGGAUCAAGCUGGAUGACUGCCGCCAGGAGCUCAAGCAGGUCCGAUCCUUGAGGGAUCUGCCUAGAGCCCCCACUGGUGAAA